AUGUGUAUCGUUAUUGCCAUUGGGGGUUCCGACACCGACAUGUACGACCGUAUCCAGGAUCAUCUCACAAAGAAGGAAGACGAGGAAAGAGUCGCAGCUUACCGUAGAGCAGACAUCAUUGCCUACCUGCCAAUAGCGAGGGUAGCCGAGGACGGCGCGAUUGCCUACACGGGAAGAAAGAAUGGAAGGGAUCGCCCAAUGUUUCGUAACCCAAGAGCCAAGGAUCUCGAGUCACAAGCACUCGUCAGAUAUGUCACAGAGAUCAAUUUGGAGAUGGGAUUCAACCCGAGAUUUGACACCGAAUCGUAUGGUCCCAACUUCUGGCCUGUUGACAUCCUAAGAUCGAUCGAGGAACAUUGGAAUCAACACCACACCAACCUGGGAGGUUUUGUCAUGGAACCAAUCAAUGGAGAUGUGGAACGAGCCAACUACACAUACACCCAAGACGCAGUUGACAUUAAGCAUAAGAUCUUGUUUGACCCCACCAUCAAGAAGAGGAAGAAGGAUGACGAUGAGAACCCCGAAUCAAAUAAGAGAACGAGGACAAAGAAGUCUUCAUCUUGCAAGCCUGACGGAGUCAACAACAACAACAACAACAAUGACAAGACCUCCUCGUCAGGUAAUGGAUCUGGUGGUGGUUCUGGAACAUCUGGACCCCCUGCUCCAGGAGCGCCUGGUGUGACUGGUACCUCUGGUGUGACUGGUACCUCUGGUGCCUCGAACCCAAUUCCUUCUGGUGGAGGAGGUGGCUCUGGUCUUACCGACUGCUACACUUUGGACAAAGAUGAUCGAAAUGGCACCCUAUUGUUCCAAGCCAAAUUUCCUUUGGAUAUUGCCAUCGCCUACCAGGAUUAUCUGUUUGAUGCGCUGGACCGUCGUGAGAAUUUCUGCCCCUUCUCAGUCGCCAACACCAGUCCUUUCGUUUCUAAGUUGGAGAUGAACGUGGAGGAGGACCCCAACAUCAAGCAAGCCUGCAACCAGGUCAAUGAAGAAUUGCGUUUCAUUGGUAGUCUGUUCCCAGCCAGUGGCAUCACGGUGAUUGAUCAGCCAACAACUCCUGUACCACCCCCUCCACCAAAACCCAACGUGUAUUUCAUUGCUUUUCCAGUGGUUUGUGGUACCUACAUCAACAAGCUAGGUGUCAAGAUCAACCAAACUGAUGUCAUCAACUCCAAGGACUACCAAUGCAAAGAGAUAAGGAUCCAAGGAUGGAGCGGUCACUUGGUGUUCGCCCCUGGCACUGACAAUGACAGAGCCUUCAACAUCGAGGAUCAGUUCACCAAACACCGUCAGUCAAUCAACAACAACUGCACCAUCGAUCCCACGACUGACCCUUGUGUGGCAGCAUGUCAACAGAUGGACUCGUUCAGGCAAGGAACUUUGGCACUCAACAGCGUUUCAGUCAAAGACGACAAUGACAUUCGUACACCUGCCUACUUCACCAACUCUAGCAUCGACGACACUGUUUUCUUCUACAUGCGUUGUGGUGAAUUCCGUUUUGAAGGAUACGGCGGAGCCCAGAGCACCAAGUCGCCCGACUUUGGUUGCUUCAGAGCCAACAUCAAGGGAAAGGAUGGUCAUCUGAUUUUCACACCCAACUUCAGACCAAUGAACGCCUACAAUCUGGAGAACGCGUACAGGACCAACCGACAAUCCUUCACCCAACAAUGUCCAAGGAACGCCAAUGGGGCCAGAGCUUGCCAGGCCGAUGCCGCUGUACUCAAAAGUCUCCUCAAUCAAAUGAGAGAUAACAAGGUGGCCAUUAUUGAAGACCGGCCAUAUUACAAGCGCAUGUAA